UUGAUAUUAUCGAAUGGAAAAAUAUAAAACGAUUAUAACUCAUUAAUCAGUUCUCUGUUGUUUCAGUAAUAAUCUUCUCCACAAUCCAAAUUUUCUUCACUGCAAAAAUGACUGCUCUUUCAAAUUCAUUGAUUUUAUCCAAACCCAGAAGCCCUUCUCUCCAUUUCUCCUCUGGUUCUUGCUUGAAGUCAUUGGACCAAAAUGUUAGUGCUACCAAGUUGUCCUUCAGUCCAAGUCACGGAGGAAAAUCAUAUUCUUCUAAAAGACCAUUGACCAUUCAAGCGUCAUACAGCGGUGAUGGUGGAAGGUCAAGCGGAAGCGGUGCUGGCAUCUUUGUUGGUGGCUUUGUUUUGGGAGGAAUAAUUGUUGGCACACUUGGCUGUGUGUUUGCACCUCAGAUCAGCAAGGCAUUGGCUGGAGCUGAUAAGAAGGACCUGAUGAGAAAAUUGCCCAAGUUUAUAUAUGAUGAAGACAAAGCAUUAGAGAAACAACGCAAGAAGCUUGCUGAAAAGAUUGACCAGCUGAACUCGGCGAUUGAUGACAUUUCUACUCAGUUGAGGUCAGAUGACACACCAAAUGGAGCUGCUGUGAACUCGGAUGAUGUUGAAGCUGUUGUAUAAGAAACAUUUCUAUCUUCUUAAUAUCAAGUCAGCUGAGGACAUUGAAUAUAUGGGAAUAUUCUUAGUUCAGUUUUGAUGUUUUUGGUAAUUGCUACAAUAUGAUAUCCCAAAAUGAGGAAACAUUAUGUGAUUUUAUAUGCUGCUUCUGUUUUCUAUUGACAUGAUUUCUUUUAAACUCA